GGAGGCAUCGAUGCUAUUUUUUGGAGGGGGGGUUCGACACCGAAUCUCUCUGGGGGCGGAGCGGCGCUGCUGGAGGAACCGACGCCACUUUGGCAGAAGGGGGGGUGGGCAAUAGCAGCACCCCCCGUCCCGGGGCUUCACACCGCUCGGCUGGGGGCAGCACCGAUCCCCAUCCUCCAUGGCUUCUCGCCCCGCCCCUCGGUGCGGCCGCGCGUUCCGGCAGCCUUCAUCCCUCCUCCUCCUCCUCUUCCUCCUCCCCCCCGCCCCAUCCUCUUCCUCGGUCGCUUCCGGGCUCUCCCUCCGCCGGGGACUUUGCUCGGGCUCCGCUUCCCGCAUCAAUCAUCAACCCGGGGGGGAGGGACCGCCGCCAUUCCCGGCCCCCCCCCCCCCCCAACCCCCCUGCACCGUCCCCGCAGCGCUAUGGCCGCCCCGGCCCACUUCCCCUUCAAGAAGCGGGGCAGCCUGCAAGCGGCCGGCCCUGCAGAGGUGAGGGGGGGCUCCCGGCCGUUGCAGUCGGCUCGUUCCCUGCCCGGCACCCCGCACUGCCUCAAGCAUUUCCCAGUCGAUCUGCGCACCUCCAUGGACGGCAAAUACAAAGAGAUCGCCGAGGAGCUGUUCUGCCGCUCGCUGGCCGAGAGCGAAAUGCGGACGGCGCCGUAUGAGUUCCCUGAAGAAAGCCCCAUCGAGCAGCUGGAGGAGCGGCGGCAGCGCCUGGAGCGCCAGAUCAGCCAGGAUGUCAAACUUGAGCCCGACAUUUUGCUCAGAGCCAAACAGGACUUCCUGAAAGUUGACAGUGCCGCCGACUUACAGCUCCUCAAGGAGCAGCACGAGGACCGCGUGGAUCACAUCCCCAAGGACCGCGAGGCGCUGCUGGAGCGCGAGUUCCAACGCGUCACCAUCUCUGGGGAGGAGAAGUGUGGGGUGCCCUUCACCGACCUGCUGGACGCGGCCAAGAGCGUGGUGAAGGCGCUGUUCCUGCGUGAGAAAUACAUGGGGCUGUCCCUGCAGAGCUUCUGCAAGACCACCGCCCGCUUCCUGCAGGAGCUCUCCGAGAAGCCCCUGGAGACCCGCAGCUACGAGGAGGUGCCCGAGACCCCCGUGGCUGCCGAUGCUGCCGUGCACCCCCCGUUUGCAGAGCAGCACCCCUAUGAGAAGUGGGACCCGCAGAGCAUGCCAGCCGACCUGGGCUUUGGGUUGAAGAUGGUGGAUGGCGUGGUGCAUGUUUACACCAAGCAGGACCUCACUGACAAGAGCACAGAGCUGGACCUGCCCUACCCCGACCUGCAGGAGUUCAUCGCCGACAUGAAUUUCCUGAUGGCUCUGAUCAUCAACGGGCCCAUCAAAUCCUUUUGCUACCGCCGCCUGCAGUACCUGAGCUCCAAGUUCCAGAUGCACGUGCUGCUCAACGAGAUGAAGGAGCUGGCAGCCCAGAAGAAGGUGCCCCACCGCGACUUCUACAACAUCCGCAAGGUGGACACUCACAUCCACGCCUCGUCCUGCAUGAACCAGAAGCACCUCCUGCGCUUCAUCAAGAGGGCCAUGAAGAAGCACCUGGACGAGAUCGUCCACGUGGAGAAAGGCAAGGAGCAGACGCUCAAGGAGGUCUUUGAGACCAUGAAUCUCACCGCCUACGACCUCAGCGUGGACACUCUGGACGUCCACGCGGACCGCAACACUUUCCACCGCUUUGACAAAUUCAAUGCUAAGUACAACCCCAUCGGGGAGUCCAUCCUGAGGGAGAUCUUCAUCAAGACGGACAACCGCGUCUCGGGGAAAUACUUUGCACACAUCAUCAAGGAGGUGAUGGCAGACCUGGAGGAGAGCAAGUACCAGAACGCCGAGCUGCGCCUCUCCAUCUACGGCCGCUCUCGUGACGAGUGGGACAAGCUGGCCUGCUGGGCCGUCAACCACCGCGUCCACUCCAACAACGUCCGCUGGCUGGUGCAGGUGCCCCGGCUCUUCGAUGUUUACCGGACCAAGAAGCAGCUGGCCAACUUCCAGGAGAUGCUGGAGAACAUCUUCCUGCCCCUCUAUGAGGCCACCAUCCAUCCUGCCCGGCACCCCGAGCUGCACCUCUUCCUGGAGCACGUGAGCGCUGCGCCCCGACCCCACCGCCUGCCAUCCUCACGGCUGGGCCAAUGCCUCCCCCCCCCUUAUGGCCGUGUGGGUCCUGGUGUGGGGGCUGACCAUCCCACUUGGCCUUGGACCCCCAGGUGGACGGUCUUCGACAGCGUGGACGACGAAUCCAAACCGGAGCAUCACAUCUUCAACCUGGACAGCCCUCUGCCGGGGAACUGGGUGGAGGAGGACAACCCGCCCUAUUCCUACUACCUGUACUACAUGUACGCCAACAUGACGGUGCUCAACCCACCUCCGCAGGUGAGGGCGCAUGGAUCCCACGGCCCCAGGGGGGGGAGGUGGGGGGUGUCGGGGUCAGGGACCCACAGCUGUCCCCACACGCAGGAAGCGGGCUUCCAUACCUUCGUGCUGCGCCCGCACUGCGGUGAGGCCGGCCCCAUCCAUCACCUCGUGUCGGGCUUCAUGGUGUCGGAGAACAUCUCUCAUGGCUUGCUGCUGCGCAAGGCCACCGUGCUGCAGUACCUGUACUACCUGGCGCAGAUCGGCAUCGCCAUGUCGCCGCUGAGCAACAACAGCCUCUUCCUCAGCUACCACCGCAACCCCCUGCCCGAGUACCUCUCACGGGGGCUCAUGGUCUCCCUCUCCACCGAUGAUCCCCUCCAGUUCCACUUCACCAAGGAGCCGCUGAUGGAGGAGUACAGCAUCCCCGCCACGCAGGUGUGGAAGCUGAGCUCCUGCGACAUGUGCGAGUUGGCCCGCAACAGCGUCCUCAUGAGCGGCUUCUCCCAUAAGGUGAAGAGCUACUGGCUGGGCCCCCACUACCUGAAAGAGGGGCCGGAAGGGAACGACAUCCGGCGCACCAACGUCCCCGACAUCCGCGUUGGGUAUCGCUUCGAGACGCUGUGCCAGGAGCUGACGCUCAUCACGCAGGCGGUGCAGAGCGCCGAGCUGGAGCCCAUCCAGGAGGAGGAAGCGCUGCCUGUCACCCCCCCCCACCCCCACCCACUGACCCCGGCCCCAUUGCCGCCCCCCGGG